AUGGAAACGGCUUUGGAUCAAGUCCGCAAGGAGGCAGCCGGGAGCGAGGACGCACGCCGGAAGGUCAUUUCUGCUUUACAAAGUCUAGUUUCCUCACUUGAGACCCCCGACGAACUCUUCACAGCUCGGCUCUUGAGAUAUCUUGCUGCCAUAGAAGCAGUGGAAGAGAGGAGCAGAGGUGAAUAUACUGCGAAUCAGACAACUCGCAAUCUGACAGAGAAGGUUGUCGAGGCUGGCAUAUCUCACUACUUCGGCCUCAGUGCACCUCAAUAUCAAUGCCUGCCAGAUUUGUUAAAGCAGACCAGUUAUCAAACUCCAGUUGAUGAGGCAAACACAGCUUUUCAUAUGGCCUUCCGUACGACCUUGGAUCCCUUCUCUUGGUUUGCGCAAAAUCCUACCUACCUGGCCGACUUCCACGCGUACCAUGCGCUCCGUCGACAACCAGAUGCGACUUGGCUCUCGGUAUAUCCUAUAGAGACGGAGGCCGCUGGAUGGCCUACUGACCAACCCCUUUAUAUAAACGUGGGAGGGGGAGUCGGCCAUCAAUGUGCACAGUUCAAGGAGAAACAUCCCAACUUGGGUGGGCGAGUUAUCCUACAAGACUUACCACACUCCGUAGCAGAGGCCCUUCCAACACCCGGCGUUGAGAAUAUGGCGUACAACAUGUUUGAACCACAACCCGUGAUUGGCGCCAAGUUCUACCACCUUCGGGCUGUGUUGCACAAUCAUCCGCCUCAUAAGGUGCGGAUGGUGCUUGAGACGAUCAAAGCCGCUAUGAAACCCGAAUCAGUUCUGCUGAUUGAUGAAAUGGUUUUUCCAGAGGAAAAUGUGAACUACAUGGCGGCAUCAGUUGACAUGACCAUACUUGCGGCGUUUGCUAGUAUGGAGCGCACAGAAGCGCAGUGGGCGACACUGUUCGAAGAUGUAGGAUUGAGAAUGGUGCGAACGUAUACGUAUUCUCCUUUGAGUUACGAAAGUGUCAUGGAUGUUCGUCUACCAUAA